CUUCACUGCGUUUUUACGACGAUGUCACUCAAGAGGCGGGUUUCCUGCUGGGCAGAGGUUGAAUGAACUGUUAGUUCACAAGUGUAAACCUGCGAAUGGAUUCGUUUGUGGGGCCUAGGAUUCCGAAUGUGGAGCUAAUGAAUGGGUUGAAAAUCCCAAUACUCGGUCUCGGUACAUCACAUCAUGGUGGCUAUUCCCAUUCUUCAGUUGUGUAUGCCCUAAAAGAAUGUGGCAUUCGUCACAUCGACACUGCAAAAAGAUAUGGCUGUGAAUCGCAUCUAAAGACAGCAAUCGAAGAGAGCGGCAUAAAUCGGGAGAACCUGUGGAUAACUACAAAACUUUGGCCUGGGGACUAUGGCUGUGAAACCACUAAAGCAGCAUGUUUGGAGUCCUGCAAAAGACUUGGUGUGGAUUACAUUGAUCUGUAUCUCAUGCACUGGCCUGAUGGAAAUGCCUUGGGCAAAACUAAUCGAGAACUCCGAGCUGAAACUUGGCAAGUAUUGGAAGAAUUAUAUGAUGAAGGGAUAUGCCGAUCCAUUGGAGUGAGCAAUUUCCUCAUUUCUCAUUUAGAGCAGCUGAAAGAAGAUUGUGACAUCAUUCCACACGUCAACCAGGCUGAAUAUCAUCCUUUCCAGAGGCCCCAGGAACUAGUGGACUACUGCAGAAGCCAUGGAAUAGUCUUUGAAGGGUACUGCCCACUAGCUAAAGGACAGGCUUUGUCACAUCCUGACAUCAUCAAAAUGUCGGCGAGAUAUAACUGCUCACCCUCUCAAAUCUGUAUCCGGUGGAGUAUACAAAAUGGAGUUGUCACAAUUCCAAAGUCCACAAAGAAAGAACGGAUUUGGGAAAACUGUCAGGUCUUUGAUUUUUCACUCAGCAAAGAUGAUUUCCUAUUUAUGAACUCACUGAAGAAUACCAAAAAGCUGAUUACACUGAACUACCCUUUAUGGAAGGAACAGAAACCCCAAUCAGAAGCAACUAUUGCCAAAAAGGAUCUCUCUCAGUAAAGUGAACAUGUUGAUUGAAUGGCCAGGCAGCAUCAGAGGACUUCACACCGUGUUAGCUCAGAUUCUCCAGCAUCGGCAGUUCCUACUAUCUCAUGUUCAUUGAAUGCUCUGAGACACUGUUUUGUCCAUAUCUACAAUGAGCUAUGUAAGCAAACUGACGUUUACUGAGGAUUUUAUUUGUUUUAAUUUAAUGCCCCAUUUGAUUAGUUAUAUAUUUACCAUGAAAAGAGUACUCCAGGAAAGUUUCAUUAAGAGUCACGUUUGUGCCCUCCUCCAAAUAUCAAGUGAUUUUUACAUUUAAACUUUAAGUUUGCAUUAAUCCAUGCAUUUUAUUUAAAUUUUAGUAUGGAAAUUAAAGAUUAUUCCAUUCAGACACUUAGUGUAGUAUACUUCCCACAUCACUUCAUCUUAUUUUCAGCUACUAAUGCAAGUAAUAACCCAUGCUGUAAUAUACUUGUGCAAACAGAAUAAUUGCUACACUUAUCUCAAUAUGUGGGCUGGCAGUUGAGAAAUUAAAAGUGAGGAAAAAGAUACAUGAUCAUUUUAAAUUUAUGGUUAACCUGAGGCUCUGAGACAGCAAAGUCAAGUUCACAGGAAUAAUCUUCGGUGCACCUUACUUUUGCGUUUCUUAUUUUGUAUUCAGAAAAUCAUCUAAUGCUAUUUCCCCCAAAUUCAUUGUUUUUUUGAAGACAUAAGAACUGAAUUAUGCAACUGAACAUAGAAUGUUUAAAUGUACCAAAAUCAACCUUGUCACUUCUUUUGUAUUUUUUUUCUUAGAAUUUCUGUUGCUUGGCUCUGAGAUAAGCCUCAGAAUAACUCCUUGGUAAUCACUUAUUGUAACUAAGCAUAUCAUGUCAAAAAUGAGAAAGCCUGUAACUAUCCUGGAUUAAUUACUUGAAUUUUAAAUGAUAUUAAAGUAAAAUAUUUACAGGUACUUAAUCAGAUUGCAGGAUAAUUGCAUCUGUUGUCAAAAAAUCAGUUAUUAUAAAUAUAUGGUGAAUACUUAGAUAUGUUGUCAAAGCCGUUGAGUGAUUCAACAGCCACCUUUUCAAAGUUUCAAAUUUAUUGGGGAAUAGAAUGGGCUGGAAGUUUGCUUGCAAUUUGAUGCCUUCAUUGGCUAUUGAAAAUCAUUAAAUAGCUUAACAAGUGCAUUCACAUCAU